AUGUCGAGCGAACGACUAAAUAGAUUAGAAAUUUCUAAUCCAGUGCUGCAAAGUGCCACUAGCAGUCGUGUUAACCCAGCGUUUAAAGACGGGACGAACAGUUCAUCCACUGGAGAUUUGCUGAAGGGAGAUCAUCCCCAGAGUGGGUCAAAUGAGCUGCAAGGUGUUGACAGACUGCAGAUGAAGUACGCUUCACCAGAUAAUCUUCAAGUACCCCAGAUGACAACGCAAAUCACCAUUGCCAAUAUUGAAGCCCAGAAUGGUAAAACCAAUGGCAGCUCUUCGGCAUUUUCCGAUACGUCUUCGGAUGUUUCCGACGUCACCGGCCCUCUUCCUAGUAGCUCGACGCCUGGCUCAGCAUUUGUAGUGCCUGUCAUUGAAGGCGUCACGGAGGAAAAUAUUAACCAGGUGGAUAUGUUCUAUCGCAGUCACAAGACAGAAGUGAAAGUCUGUCGAUCAUUAGCAAAUCUCUACGUAUCUGCCCCAAAAUCCAAAGAAAGAACCACAAGCCCCGCAAUGCAACAACACAACAAAUCUCCUAAAGACAAAAAAUCUAAAUCGUCUGAGACUCCAGCACCCACUCCGCCUGAUCCUUCAGAUUUCUCGAAAGACGAAUGGGAAUUUUCAAAGACGGGAAUACCCGUUCUUGUAUUAGACACAGGUGAUCAUAUCAGAGAAAGGCGCUUGAGGAUCGUUCUUGCGGAGAAAGGAACUGGCUUCACACUUUGGCAGGAUCAGUUCAAUCACUUUACAGAAUACAAAACUCCACACGCCAACUUCCACACGAUCACUUUGUCAACAGACUCCACACGACUAAUCGGACUCAGCUUCGACGAAGACAAAGCUGCAACGGAAUUUGCUGAAGCAGUCCAAGGCUUCACUUCCAACGCAGAUGAUGACCUAUUCAACCUCAGUAAAAAAAAGAAGAAGGAGAAAUGCAAAGAGAAAUAUAAACCGCCCAAAAAGGUGGACAUUUCUCAACCUGUUUGUUUCGUGCAUGUGACAAAAUUACAAAAACCGGAUCUGCUCUUCCCUCCACCACCUGGAGGAUUCGAACUGACUCGUUCAGGAAUGUCCAGAGCUGCUAGUGAAAGUUCUGGAAUUUCAGAAUGCUCCUCGACACCCUCAGAUCAUUGA